CCCCGCUUGCGGCUAACACCUGCUUGCCCUGUACCUGCCGUCAUUGAAGUUGGCACCGCCACACAUGUGACGUGCAGCAGCCACACUUCUUUCGCCUUCCUUGAACGUCUAUCGCCCGUCUACAAGCAGCAACCGUUCAUCCCGCGCUUCCUCUCUCAGUCUUACCGUACAUCUGUCUCUAUACUCAGCAGCCCAUUUUGCCACGGAGAAAUCGCUUACUCUUCUUCUGUUUGUCAAACGCCUCGCCUACCUGCAUUAGUGACCAUAUACAUAAACCUCGCCCCGUCACUGCGGGACAUCGUAUCACUCUCACCACCCCGUCCAUCAUGGCCGACGACGCUGCUAGAGCAGCCGAAGAGGCCCAGGUCACCUUCAACAUCAAGGCCGCCAACGACCAGAAGCAUGUGCUGACUCUGUCUGCCUCGACUACCAUUGCCGACCUCAAGAACAAGCUCUCUACUUCCGAAUACGCCGAUAUUCCCGCAGAACGCCAACGGCUAAUAUACUCUGGCCGCGUGCUCAAGGACCACGACACCCUCAGCAGCGUCAAGAUCAAGGACGGCCAUACCAUACAUCUUGUCAAGGGAGCAGCGAGCAAUGCGCGGCAGAACCCCGCAAACCAGGGCACAAGCACAGCAGGAGGGGUAACGGCCACACCGCAAGUACCGACCAACAUUGCCGCGGGAACGGGGAACAACCCUCUCGCGGGCCUGACCGGUGCGAGAUAUGCUGGGUUUCACGGCCUGCCUAGCGCUGAUAUGUUCGGUGCAGAUGGAGGGAUGGGCCCACCUCCCAACCAAGAGCAGCUACUCGAGCUCAUGGACGACCCCAACUUUCUGCAGCAGAUGAACGAGGCUAUGAACAAUCCUGCUGUCAUCGAAAUGAUGCAGAACAGCCCCAUGGUGCGGAACAACCCAAUGGCGCAGGAGAUGCUGCGGAACCCGGAGAUGCGUCGGAUGAUGUUCAACCCCGAGAUGAUGCGGAUGCAGAUGCAAAUGCAGAGGGCUAUGGGCGGCAAUGGCGCUGGCGGCGGUUCGAGCUUUCCCAUGCCGGGCGCCACAAACACCACUCCCGGGAACGAGAACACACAAACUGGCUCCACACAACCACAAGAUCCUUUCGCAGCUCUGCUCGGUGGAACGGGCGGUGCAGGCGGAGCAGGCGGAGCUAAUCCUUUUGCAAGCCUCUUGGGUGGGAACCCAUUCACACCUCCAACUCAGAACCAGACAGGUACAGAAGCAACACAAGGUCAGACACCUGGAUCAGCACCGAGCGGCGACGGAACUUCAAACACCACAUCACCUCCUCCAGCAAACCCCUUCGCAGGCCUCUUCGGCGCUCCUCCGACAGGUGGCCAGCAAUCCAACCCCAUGGCAGACAUGACGCGAAAUCUUAUGCAGAACCCCGAAGCUCUACGCAACGCGAUGCAAAUGAUGAGCGCCAUGCAAGGAGGAGGCGGGAUGGGAGGAUUGGGAGGGCAGGCCGCACCUGAUGGAACCGCCACAUCGAACCCGGCCAAUCCUUUCGCAUCGCUUUUCGGCCCUGGCGGCGGCUUCGGAACACCCCCACCCGCAGACAACCGCCCACCUGAAGAGGUUUAUGAAUCACAGCUCCGUCAGCUUAACGAGAUGGGCUUCUACGAGUUCGAUCGCAACGUUGCAGCCCUGAGGCGGAGCGGCGGCAAUGUACAGGGUGCGAUAGAGCAUCUGCUGGGCGGUGGAUCGUAG